AUGAACAGCGGGGGUAGCGGGGGUGGGGGUGGGGGCGGGGGCGACGGAGUGGGGGGCUUCGGCCUCGGCAUCGGAGUGGGGGUAGCCGGAGGGCCUAGCCUCGCCGCGGCGCAGCAGGGCCAGGGCGUCGCGGCGCUGCUGGUCAUGCUGGCCGUCCUCUGCUUCAUCUUCGCCUACUGCUGCUGGGGCGCCCCCUUCUGCAGGUCCCUCUGCAGGAGACACUGCUGCUGUCGGCUGGAGGACCCCGAGCCCGAGUCUCGAUUCGGUAGCAGCGACCAGACCAUGGUCGCCACGCCGACUAUCAUUCUCCUGCCCCAUGGCAGAAUGCUCGUCGUCGAUAGAACCAUUUUCACGCAGUUCCAGGCCGACACUACCGGUUUGGAUUUGGUCGAACUGGGCGAAAGUGUAAUUCGAGCUCAGAGAAAUCCUAGAACGGUAACGCGUCACCAAUUGCAGAGCAGUCAAGGUAGCAUUUUGGAUAUGGAUGCAGAAACACCCAGCAAAGACAGUUUGGGAUCCAUUGGUUGUUUUCCGCCUCCAACUUAUGAGAGCAUCUACGGAAAAGAAGAGGGAGAUAUGCCGCCUUCCUAUUCCGACAUUUUGCUACACAGAUUCGCAAACCUGCCAUACGAGAUCGAGAUGCAGGAGUUCUGUCAAGACGGGAAGGAGGAUGUAGAAAUGCGCAGCUUGGAAAGCUGUCCACACAUAAUAAGCAACCCCAUAAACCCACUAAACUACCCAUACGCGACCAUAACGAGUCUGUCGGGUCAGAGUCUCGCCCGUCAGAGCCUCGCCAGACGACACUCCGUGAUCAGCAAUCCAUUGGACGACUAUUACGUCGACAAUGAGCUCGAAGGCUACGGGAUAGGUCGUUUGGAAGCUUUCAGACCUCCCAGUGGUCGCAGCAUCCUGCGUUCGCAUAACAACCUGUCCCGGGCCUCGACCAACUCGAACGAGUGCGUCAAUCGAGAGGUUCCCGACAAUCGACACCCUGAAGACAUAACCCUGACCACGUUCAGGGCCAGUCAAGAGCAUCUUCAGGAAGAGAGCCAAAGGACGAACGAAGAGGGCCAACGAAUCGGCCAGACGGCACGAAGUCGGAUACGGCGAAUCGAGAAUGAAACUAUGAACACGAGGAACCGCAUCGGGAGUCCGUCUUGUUCGCGUCGAGAGGUGGACCCUGACCACGUGGACAGGGCUCUUCAGGGUCCUGGGGGAGCGGAGACCUCGAAUGUCGAGAGCGGUUCCUCGAUAACCCCUAGGAGGGUGGCGGAGAGACUGCACUCUGGAAACGCGAAUCGAGGCACGGAAGGUGAGAACAACGAGGCGGGGUACAGGAACGUCAGGUUUCGCAUCUCCCUUGUCACGGAGGAUCAACUAGAUGGUAAUCCAGGUGUAAGUGGGGACCACGCGGAAGGAGGUAAUGCGUAUGAAAUCCAAAGAAAUUCUACGAGUGAGUCGGUUAAUAUGGAGGAUGAUAGCAGGAACUUCGGGGCACUAGCGGAUAUCAGAGAGAGCAGGGUCUAGGAGGUAGAGGGAACACUGUGAACGGGAGGGACUGUAAUAAAGGUUCACCGUGUUUGCAUUGAGAAGGGGAUAAUUGUUAUGUAUGCAAUGGUCAUGUGGACCGUGGUCAUGUGUUCACUGAUCAUGGGAACAGUAAUUAUGUGGACGUUGAUAGUGUGAACACUGAUCAUGUGGACCGUGGUCAUGUGUUCACUGAUCAUGGGAACAGUAAUUAUGUGGACGU